GUUUGCUGCUGGGGCAGCCUCUGUGCUUGGAGUGUGGACCUUUGGAAUUAUGGAUGUGUGCGGGCGGAGCUUGUGCCGCCGGGCUCUGUGAGGUGUGGCGUGAGACACUAAACAGACGUUUCAAGAUGCUGUGCCCUUACCCAUGUCUGAGCUUGUCUACACGUCCAUCCUGAUGUCCGUAUGUGGGUGAAGAGGAUCCCAACCUGGAGCCUGGAGCCAACACAGAAAGGCCCAUAACCUGUGGUCCUCACCACCUCUACAGCAGUGAAGGUCACCAGUGUCACCCUGUGGACCCACCACACUCAGCUGAAGAGGGCUCCAGGAGAUAACAGAGAUGGGUCGUCAUCAGGUCCUCCAACUUCCUAAAGAUAGGACUGACAUGGGCCCUGGUCUGUUAACUUUCAAAGACGUGGCCAUAGAAUUCUCCCAGGAGGAGUGGGAAUGCCUGGACUCUGCUCAGCGGACUUUGUAUAGAGAUGUCAUGUUGGAGAUCUACAGCAUCCUGGUCUCUGUGGGCCUUUCAGUAUCAAAAGGAGAGCUACUCACCUGUCUUGAACAAAAUGAAGAACCCUCCAUUGCAGGCAUAAAGGAAUUAAAAGGUGUAGAACCAGUCCUGUCUUGCUUUCAUAACAAGAAACUGUUCAAAAUAGAGAGCAAACAAGAAUCUGUCCAGAGAGAAGGACCAGGACAAUUUGGAAGAAACAGCCUUGGAAAAUUACAUGUAAAUCUACCUUAUGGCAGGGACUGCAGUGUAGAUCAACAUAAGACUGUGUGUGUGAAUCCAGUAGCACGUCAAAGACAUCAUCAGAUGGGUAUUUCUGAAUACCGCCACAGAUAUCAUGAAGAUAAUAAAGGCUUUACUACAGACUUUGCACUGCAUAAUAACCACAACAAUCAGUUUACAGAGAUUGUUUACCAAGGUAAUGACUCCUGGGAUACUUCUAAACAAGAUGUAACUCCUAGUGAUGGACAGAUAAGUAAUUGUUUUCUGGAGACUUGUUACAAUAAUGAUAGAUGUAGGGAUGUCUCUGGUCAGUGCACACAGUCAGCUUUACACCAGCAGGACUAUAGCUAUGAGAAGUUGUCUACAAGCGAUCAACAGGAUAAAAUUUUAAAUGAGUCUUCAAAUUGUAGUCAGUGUACUGAAAUUAGGGCUGGAGGUGAAUUUAACAGAUGGAGAUCUGCUAAGUACAGCAAAGUCUCAAUUGAAUCAUCAAGCAUUGAUAAGGAUAAAAUAAAUGAUAUUGAAAGAAAACCAUGCCUAUUCACGGGAAGUGGUAAAUCCUUCAAUUUCUAUUUAAAUAUGACUCAAAAUGAUUCAAGCCACACUAGAGAGAAACCUCAGAAAUAUAAAAUAUAUAGACUGGAGUUUACCUCUCCUUUGAAAUUUGUUGGACAUUCAAGAGCCUUUGUUCAACAAAAAUAUAAGAAAUCUAGCAGAUGUUCCAGGAGUUCCGUAGGCCUCCCUAGAGUUAAGAUGCUUCACCCUGGAGAAAUGCCAUGCAGAUUUACAGAAUGUGGAAAGUCCUUUUCUCAGUUCUCAGGCCACAGAGAGAAUUAUACAAUCCAUCCUGGAGAAAAACCUUAUAAAUGUAAAAUAUGUAAAAGGUCUUUUACCACAGGUUCAUAUCUGCAAGCUCACCAGAGAAUCCACACUGGGGAGAAACCAUACAGAUGUAAAGAAUGUGGUAAGUCCUUUACUCACGGCUACUCUCUUCACGUUCAUCUAAGGCUUCACACUGGAGAGAAACCAUACAGAUGUACAGAUUGUGGCCGGUCUUUUGCCGAGGGCUCAACUCUUAAAUCCCACCACAGAAUCCAUACUGGAGAGAAACCCUACAAAUGUAAAGAAUGUGGAAAGUCCUUUGCCAAACGAUCAAAUCUUCAAGCUCAUAGCAGAAUUCAUACUGGAGAUAAACCUUACAAAUGUACAGAUUGUGGCAAGUCCUUUACCAGCAGCUCCUGUCUUCGAACACAUCACAGAACCCACACUGGAGAGAAAGCUUAUAAAUGUAAAGAAUGUGACAAGUCCUUUACCCAGUACUCCCAUCUUCAAACCCACCACAGAAUCCAUACUGGAGAGAAACCUUACAUAUGUACAGAUUGUGGCAAGUCCUUUUCUAAUAGCUAUUCUCUUCAGAGGCAUCACAAAACCCACACAGGAGAGAAAUCUUAUAAAUGUAAAGAAUGUGGUAAGUCCUUUUCCCAGGGCUCUCAUCUUCAAGCCCACCACAGAAUACACAGUAGAAACAAACCUUGCAAGUGUAAGGAAUGUGGCAAGUCUUUUGCAGAGGGCUCAACUCUUAAAACCCACCACAGAAUCCAUACUGGAGAGAAACCUUACCAAUGUAAAGAAUGUGGCAAGUCUUUUACUGAGGGUUCAACUCUUAAAGCCCACCACAGAAUCCACACUGGAGAGAAACCUUACCAAUGUAAAGAAUGUGGCAAAUCUUUUACCAUGGCCUCAGCUCUUAAAAUUCAUCACAGAAUCCACACUGGAGAGAAACCUUACAAAUGUAUAGAUUGCGGCAGGUCCUUUACCCAACAGUCACAUCUUCAAAGACACUGCAGAAUCCAUACGGGAGAGAAACCUUACAAAUGCAAAGAAUGUGGCAAGUCUUUUGCUGAGGGCUCAACUCUUCAAAAACAUCACAGAAUCCAUUCAUAAUAGAACCUUUAUAGAUGGAAAGAAUGUUCAGAAUCUGUUACCUGAUUCUCAAAUCUUAAAGAUCAUCCUGGAAUCCAUACUGGAAACAAGCUUUACAAAUGUAAGGAAUGUUGUGAAUACAUUACCAAAGGCUGUAAAUUUAGAACACAUUAUAAAAUUUAAGCAUGAGACAAAAGCAAGGGUAAUUACUGAUACACUGUUCAUGCAAGAAAAAUGUUCUUUAAAAUUUGAAGUGCGGGUAGAAGCUUUUAACCAAUAUUUAACCCUUCCUCAAUAUCAGAGAGUCACACCAGGAAGCUCUACACUGGUGUGAGUUUGAAAAUAUUUUACCUAGAAAUACAUUUUAUAUUCACUCUGGUGGUUUGACUGAAAAUGGCCUGCACAGAUAUAUAGGAAGAGACAUUAUUAGAGGGUGUGACCUUAUUGGAGUAGGUGUGGUUUUUGGAAGAAGUCACUGGGGGGUGGACCUUGAGGUUUCAGAUGCUCAAACAUGGCCCACCCACUGUCACCCUCUCUUCCUGCCUCCUCUUGAUCCAUAUGUAGAAUUCUCAGCUACCUCUUCAACACUAUGUCUGCCUGCAUGCCACCAUCUUCCCACAUGGAGAUAAUUGAUAAAACCUCUAAAACUGUAAGUGUGCCCCUUAAAUAUUUUACUUUAUAGCUGUUACUAUGGUUAUGAUGUCUCUCACAGCAAUAGAAACCCUAAAUAAAUAAGAUAUCCACUAAGCAAUUUCUUUGAAAAUAGGUUACAUAUGUGCUAAUGUUUGAUACAGAAUUAUUCUGAAAUCAACUACUAUGGUAUAGAAUUCAUGUUGCACUUGACUAAACUAGUAAUAAUUUAAAACAAAGACUUGUAACAGUAAUAUUUCUCAUAACCAUCUAAAAUCAAAAUUGUUGCAUAUUUGUAUAUUU